AUGGCUUCCAGCAGUUUUCGAGACUCCAUCAACUCCCUGGGCUGGAGCCGGCGACAGGAGGCGCCCAUCACCACAUCUCAGCAGUCAUCCGGCCUCCUGUCCUCUCUGCAGAGUCUGAACCCUUUCCAGGAUCGCGGGUAUACUGUCCUUCCCACCUCAGAAGGUCCAGGAGCACCACUGCCGGCACCCACUCGGCGUGAAGAGGAGGAAGGCUGGUUUGUGCUAAGUCGAUGGGACCGCAUGCUGGUAUUUGCCUUUUGCAAUCUGGCUGCCGCUGCCUGCUUCGUCAUCUGCUUCACCCUGUUCCCUGUCCUUUCUCUGAGACCACGCAAAUUUGUGAUUCUAUGGACAGUCGGUUCGGCGCUCUUCCUGGCGUCCUUUGCUGCCAUUAUGGGGCCAAUGAACUACGUCUACCACCUCUUCUCGGCCCCGAGACUCCCAUUUACCGCUGCCUACUUUGGCUCCAUCGCAUUGACGUUGGUGUUCUCUAUCAAGCUUCAUAGCACUAUCCUCACCCUCUUUGCUGCCCUUAUUCAACUCGCCGCAUUGCUUUGGUAUCUGGUUAGUUAUUUCCCAAUGGGUCAAACAGGAUUGCGCUUGGCUACUUCAUUUGGCGCAAGACAGGCCACUGCAUGGCUUUCGGGGUGA